AUGCAACCAAGAACAAGUAGUGUUGGAGAUAGCAUUCGGGUAAGUACCUCAACUGUACCUAGUAAUUCUUGUGGUGGAACUGAACUAGAUGACCUAGACUCAUUUCGAGAUGUGUACAUAUGGGGUAAGUUUUUGUCAAAUGGGGUUUCAGCUGAUGGGAUUGGAACUCAAAUUCCUUCUCAGAUAGAUGUGUUGAUUCCAAAGCCAUUAGAGUCAAAUGUUAUUCUAGAUGUUUGCCAUAUUGCAACUGGUGCACACCACAUUGCUGUAGUAACUAAGCAAGGGAAUGUUUUUACAUGGGGGAAAGACUCAGGGGGAAGGCUUGGUCAUGGAAUUGACAAGGAUUUUGUCUCCCCACGUGAAGUUAAGUUUCUUGAAGGUACUGAGUUUGACUUUGUUGCAUGUGGAGAGUAUCACACAGGAGUUAUAUCUAAAUGCUAUGAACUUUAUACAUGGGGUGAUGGAGCACAUAAUGUUGGACUUCUUGGACAUGGCUCUGAGGCUAGCCAUUGGAUGCCAAAAAUGGUCAAUGGCCCUUUAGAAGGAGUUGAAGUUGUGUGUGUUGCUUGUGGCACAUGGCAUUCAGCAUUGGCAACCUCAGAUGGAAAACUUUUUACUUUUGGUGAUGGUGCAUUUGGUGUCUUGGGCCAUGGAGAUCAAGAGAGUGUGGUGUAUCCAAAAGAAGUGAAACUUUUGAGUGGACUAAAGACUAUAAAGGUUGCAUGUGGAGUUUGGCACACAGCAGCUAUUAUGGAGGUUGAAUUACAAUCUGGUUCAGAUGCUUCAUCUGGGAAACUUUUCACAUGGGGUAAUGGAGAUAAACAUUGUCUGGGUCAUGGAAACACAGAAACAUACCUUCAACCUACUCGUGUAGCUCCACUUACGGGAUAUAACUUUCACCAAGUUGCAUGUGGGCACACAAUGACUGUUGCUUUAACUACUUCUGGUCAUGUAUUUGCAAUGGGAGGAACUGAACAUGGCCAAUUGGGAAAUCCUGUGGCAUCUGGAAAAAUACCAACUUUAGUCCAAGAUAAGUUGCUGGGUGAGAUUGUUGAGGAAAUAUCAUGUGGAGCACAUCAUGUUGUUGCCUUGACAAAGAAAGGUGAACUAUAUACAUGGGGAAAGGGUGCCAAUGGAAGAUUAGGGCAUGGAGAUGUUGACGAUAGGAAAUCUCCUACAUUGGUUAUAGCCAUGAAAGAUAGGACUAUAGAAAACAUCUCAUGUGGCUCUAACUUCACAUCAUGUGUAUGCAUCCAUAAAUGGGUCUCUGGAGCUGAUCAAACACUUUGCUCUGGUUGUCGACAAGCGUUUGGUUUAACAAGAAAAAGGCACAAUUGUCACCACUGUGGUUUGGUAUUUUGUCAUGCGUGUAGUACUAAAAGAGCAUUCAAAGCAGCAUUGACUGCAACACCAGAAAAACUUCAUCGUGUGUGUGAUAAUUGUUAUGUUAAGCUCAAAGUUUUUGAUGAAAAUGGUUCUUCCAAGUUAGACAAAAAGCCUACUACCACCACUACCACUACUACUAAUAACUUUAUAAAUGAAAAGGAAAAAUCAAACCAAGCAGUAAUAAGACCCUCAAGAAUUCUCUUGGCUCCUAUAACUGAACCUGUGAAUUACCUUGAAAUAAAGAAUAAUAACCCUGAAGAUAAUGGUGAUUCUACUUCCUUUGUACGAGCUUCCCUUGUUCCAUCUCUUGUACAAUUGAAAGAUGUUGCAUUUCCAACUUCACUUAGUUCUAUUCAAACUAUUUUAAAGCCUAUAAUUCCUCUUAGUCCGCCACAAACUCCGCCACAAACUCCACCGCAAACUCCGACACCAAAUACCAGUCCGGGGCCCAAAUUUACAAACACAGUGAGACAAGGCGCCGCUCGCCCUGCUAGCCCUAGGUUUUAUGGAAGUAUUAACGAGAGUUUAAGAAGGACAAAUGAUAUGUUGAAUCAAGAAGUUGCAAAGUUACAGAAACAGAUUCAAAGUUUAAAGGACAAAAGUGACAAGCAAGAUAUGGAAAUCAAAAGGCUUAACAAAAAGGCUACGGAAGCUUCUGCCCUUGCUGCAGUGGAAUAUUCUAAUCACAGAGUAACGAAACAAUUUGUUGAAUCUACUAUAUCUCAGAUGAAGGAAGUGACUGACAAAUUGCCUGGAGAAAUUUCAGAAAGUCGGCAUUUGAAAGAUGUACUUAUUCGAGUCAAAGAUUUUCUUAAAGAAACUUCAGAAUCUGAAACAUCUUCAUAUAAAUCAAAAUUGGAGUCAACACAACAAAAUAUACCUAAAGUUAACCAUUGUGAAGAAAGAGGAAACUCUAUCAAAGAAAAUAAUGCUGAGGUUGCGGGAGUUGAUGAAUCUCAGGAACAAGAUCAUGUCUUCCAUGAAUGUAUUGGUACACAAAUGACUUUAGAAAACUCCGAAGAUGGUUCAAGAUCUUCACGACAAGGAAACCAGGGAGAAGUACAAGUUAUUGAAAAAUUUGAUCAUGGAGUUUAUGUGAUUCUCAUGAAACGGCCUGAUGGUACCAAAAUUUUUAAACGAGUUAAAUUCAGUAGACGAAGAUUCACUGAAAAUCAAGCAGAAAAAUGGUGGGACGAAAACAAAAGUGCGAUGCAAUUGGAAGGAUCCCUUAUCUUUGCCAGGUUUUCUAAGUGCUCUUUUGGAGUCACACAAAUUGAAUAUCUUGGGCAUACCUUAUUUGGUUCUAGACUAGUUAUGGAUGAUACCGAACUGGUUGCAUUACGUGAGUGGCCCCAGCCUUCCAAUUUAAAAUACUUAAGAGGUUUCCUAGGCCUUACAGGAUAUUAUAGAAGGUUUGUCAAACACUAUACCAGUAUUGCUGCAUCAUUAACAGAUUUACUCAAGAAAGAUGCUUUUCGUUGGACUGAAAAAGCUACAACAGUUUUUGAAAAAUUGAAGUUGGCAAUGACUUCUGCUUCUGUCUUGGCUCUUCCCAUAUUUAAAGACUCCUUUGUGCUGGAAACUGAUGCAUCUGGAAUGGCAGUAGCUGGAGUCCUUAGUCAGAAUGCGCACCCAAUCGCUUAUUUUUCCAAGAAAAUGUCCAACAGAAUGCAAAAGCAAUAUGCAUAUGUCAGAGAACUUUAUGCCAUUACCGAAGCAUUGGCUAAGUUUAGAUAUUAUCUCCUGGGACACCACUUCAUUAUUAAAGCUGAUCAAAAAAGUUUGAAGCAAUUAUUGGAACAAACUCUCCAAACACCUGUGCAAAACAACAGUGGCAACCAAAAUUUUUAA